AUGAAAACUCCUUCAGAAAAAUUAACAAAAGAGAAAAAGCCAACAUCUACAAAUAAAGCGGAUGGUAAUACUGCAAAGACAAAAGAUAAAAACAAAAAGCCCUUAAAAGAUUCGAAUAAUCGUGAUACAACAAAAGCUAAAAGAUCUCCACAAAUACGAACACCAUUCGAUAAAGUUCUUGAUAAACUAACACGUUGUGCAUCUUCAUCACCUUCAUUAGUAGAAGUAAUGGAAGAAAAUCUUAAAGAACUUCAAACAGAUGCAAAAUAUACGGCACUUUUUCAAGCUGCACCACAUACAGCAGCAUUUAUAAAAAAGAAAAAUAAAGAUUCAUCUAAAUUUAUUACUGGAUUACGUCAAGCUCUUGGUUUUGAUUGGUCAAAUCCAGCUUGGAAAUCAACGGAUGAAAUCGAUACACUCUUUCGUCCAUUUAAACAACAAUUUGUUUAUGCUAUGAUGAGAUUUAAUUGUACUUCUUAA